AGAUAAUCCUUCAUCUUCAAAAAAUGAUCUCCCGAUUUUGUACAUUUUGUAUUAGACCUCGUUCUAUAUAUUACCUCGAUUUCGGCAUAGAGUAUUCCCAUGCGGCUCUAAGCCAAUUGACGUUUGCUUUGGCGUCUGCUUGUGGUUAGUUUUUUUGCUACCUAGAAAACAAUAAUAGAAACUGGCGGCUGUGCAGCAGCUCUCCCGCAAUGGCCACAAGCGCGCCCGCCCGGUUCAGAGAUCGAAACGGAGCGUGUUCUAUGCUAUGUUCCGCCCUGAGCACACACUCGCCAGCUACUUUGGCGCUGUCGUCGUUGCGAUAUUUUUCAAUUUUUAUAAUUAGUAUUUGUGGCGUGCGCUUUCGUAAACGUUGCGCUGAUUUCGGAUUGGUUUUUUCUUGAAAACGCAAAGACGCGCUGCUUGAACAAAGCCAGUAGAAAAUAAUAAUUAAAAUAUUUAAUAAUAACGUCAAAGAAUCGCGCGAAAUUCGACCGCCGAACGCCAGCUGGCAAAUGUCUCAAAGUGCGUGUAAAUCAGGACGAAAUUUGCGAUAAACAAAUUGAAAUAAUUCACCAAAAAAAAAUUGAAAUUUUAAGUGGAAAUCGAAUUUGGAAUCGCAAUUGCCAUCGAAAUUGUCGCUGCUUCUGUUGUGUGUCUAUUUCUGUCGAAUAGCUGCCAAAUAUCGUACAAUUUCAAAUAUUUUUACAACACAUGAAUACGCUCUUUAUAUGUAAAUACGUAUAUUCUAUUAUACUAUACUUAACAUAUACAGUACAAUACAUCGAGUAAAUGCCAAAAACAAACAUCUCGCUAUAGCGCAGCUAAAUUGAUUAUUUUAGUACAAUUCAUGAAAUAGUUCAAGUCAGAGGAAGAACUUAACUCGCCAGCGAGAUAAAAACAACAACGAAUCACAGCACUCCAAUCUGGCUAGCUCUUCGCACGCACACAUGUUGUGCUCUUCCCACAAAUGGAUAUCUAAUUAAUAUUAUCGAAUUUUCAUCCGAGCAAAAAAGUAAGAGUAACAGAUAACAAAACCCACGCGCAAGGAAAAAAAAUGGCCACAUUUUUAAGUCGUUUUCAACGCGAAAAAAGCGAAAAGAUUUUGCCAAAUGCUGUGAACACCGCAAACAGCAGCAACAAGAAAACAGCUGACAUGGAGGCAGCGACGUCGGCGCCGACAGCGGCAGCAACAGCACAGCCGCGUCCACAGCGACGCUACAUGCGCAGCGCGACGGCGGCGAGCGUAACGCAACUACUCUCCGAAAGCUGCAACAGUUUGCUGCAGCGCUUUCGACGCAAUCCGAGCGAACGACCUGAUAACAAACAGCAGCAGCAGCAACAACAACAACAGCAGCAGCAGCGCAAUCGGUAAUCGAUGCAGAAGAAAUGAAGCAAAUAAAUUACAUACAUUCGUACACACACAUAC